AUGCGGCUGCUCCUCGGGCUCCUGCUGGCUGCCGCCCUGAGCCUGGAGCUGGCUGCAGCCCAAGCCUUGAUGUGUCACCAGUGCAAGGACUUCGGAGGGUGCACCCGUGCGUUCAGAUGCCCACGGAACUCCAACUACUGCGUCACCAUCGCCACCCGGGUCCCCUUAAGCCUCAUCGACCUGCCUAUGGUGACCAAGUCGUGCCAGACCGGCUGCCCCGACGUCUCUACCCUGGGCCUCGGCCCCCACGUGUCCAUUGUCUGCUGCCAGUUCAGCCUCUGCAACCAUGACUGA